AGAUGCCCCGCCCCCGCCACACCCCCACCCCCAGUUUACACCUUGGCUGGUUUAGGAUUCGAGAGAAAUCAUUACAGGAGCGGGAGUUUCACCCCAGAACUUUAAUUCUGUUUUAUCUCUCCUUUUUUUUAAACCUUUUUUCCAGCAGUUGCAGACUACGUAAUGAAAAAUAAAAAAGUGCCCAUGCGCAAGGUUGUGCAACGAAACACCCCACGACUGCCGGCAGGCGGUGUUAAGAGUCGGCUAAGCGGCGCCCCGAGUCCUACUGCGCCUGUGCGCCGAUGGCGUGCGCAGAGGCUUCUGGGUAGGUAGCUCAACCCCGCCUCUCAGUUGAGGAUUCUGAGGGCUGCAUCUGUGGCGCUGCUCCGACGAGGAUGGCUACCCUGCUUGUAAACAAGCUUGGAGCGGGAGUAGACAGUGGCCGGCAGGGCAGCCGGGGGACAGCUGUAGUGAAGGUGCUAGAGUGUGGAGUUUGUGAAGACGUCUUUUCUUUGCAAGGAGACAAAGUUCCUCGACUUUUGCUUUGUGGCCAUACAGUCUGUCAUGACUGUCUCACUCGCCUACCUCUUCAUGGAAGAGCAAUCCGUUGCCCAUUUGAUCGACAAGUAACAGACCUAGGAGAUUCAGGUGUUUGGGGAUUGAAAAAAAAUUUUGCCUUAUUGGAGCUUUUGGAACGACUGCAGAAUGGGCCUAUUGGUCAGUAUGGAGCUGCAGAAGAAUCCAUUGGGAUAUCUGGAGAGAGCAUCAUUCGUUGUGAUGAAGAUGAAGCUCACCUUGCAUCUGUAUAUUGCACUGUGUGUGCAACGCAUUUGUGCUCUGAGUGUUCUCAAGUUACUCAUUCUACAAAAACAUUAGCAAAGCACAGGCGAGUUCCUCUAGCUGAUAAACCUCAUGAGAAAACCAUGUGCUCUCAGCACCAAGUGCAUGCUAUUGAAUUUGUUUGCUUGGAAGAAGGUUGUCAAACCAGCCCACUCAUGUGCUGUGUCUGCAAAGAAUAUGGAAAACACCAAGGUCACAAGCAUUCAGUGUUGGAACCAGAAGCUAAUCAGAUCCGAGCAUCAAUUUUGGAUAUGGCUCACUGCAUACGGACCUUCACAGAGGAAAUCUCAGAUUAUUCCAGAAAAUUAGUUGGAAUUGUGCAGCACAUUGAAGGAGGAGAACAAAUCGUGGAAGAUGGAAUCGGAAUGGCUCACACAGAACAUGUACCAGGGACUGCAGAGAAUGCUCGGUCAUGUAUUCGAGCUUAUUUUUAUGAUCUGCAUGAAACUCUGUGUCGUCAAGAAGAAAUGGCUCUAAGUGUUGUUGAUGCUCAUGUUCGUGAAAAAUUGAUUUGGCUCAAGCAGCAACAAGAAGAUAUGACUAUUUUGUUGUCUGAGGUUUCAGCAGCCUGCCUCCAUUGUGAAAAGACUUUGCAGCAGGAUGAUUGUAGAGUUGUCUUGGCAAAACAGGAAAUUACAAGGUUACUGGAAACAUUGCAGAAACAGCAGCAGCAGUUUACAGAGGUUGCAGAUCACAUUCAAUUGGAUGCCAGCAUCCCUGUCACUUUUACAAAGGAUAAUCGAGUUCACAUUGGACCAAAAAUGGAAAUUCGGGUGGUUACAUUAGGAUUGGAUGGUGCUGGAAAAACUACUAUCUUGUUUAAGUUAAAACAGGAUGAAUUCAUGCAGCCCAUUCCAACAAUUGGUUUUAAUGUGGAAACUGUAGAAUAUAAAAAUCUAAAAUUCACUAUUUGGGAUGUAGGUGGAAAACAUAAAUUAAGACCAUUGUGGAAACAUUAUUACCUCAAUACUCAAGCUGUUGUGUUUGUUGUAGAUAGCAGCCAUAGAGACAGAAUUAGUGAAGCACACAGUGAACUUGCAAAGUUGUUAACGGAAAAAGAACUCCGAGAUGCUCUGCUCCUGAUUUUUGCUAACAAACAGGAUGUUGCUGGAGCACUGUCAGUAGAAGAAAUCACUGAACUACUCAGUCUUCAUAAAUUAUGCUGUGGCCGUAGCUGGUAUAUUCAGGGCUGUGAUGCUCGAAGUGGUAUGGGACUGUAUGAAGGGUUGGACUGGCUCUCACGGCAACUUGUGGCUGCUGGAGUAUUGGAUGUUGCUUGAUUUUAAAUGCAGCAGUUGUUUGAAGUUUUGUGGUUAAGAGUAACUUUGCACAUAAUAUGUUGUAAGAAAUUACACAUCUUGAAAGAUGAUAAUUUAGGAUGUAUAUAUGUGUAUAUAUAUAUAAAGGAAUCUUGGAUUGGGAAUUCAGUACAUUAUUGCUUUAGAACAUUGUGGCAAAUUAAAUUUCUAAUUGAGUGGAUUAGAUUGAAUUAAAUAGAAAUUUGUUGAACAUACAUUCUUUUUAAAAGUAUAUUUGUUAUUUAAGUUUUUCAGAUUAUAUGUAACCAAUAUACUGGGAAAGAGGUAGUCACAGAGAAAGGGUAGUGAAGGUUUAUUCUUUCAGUGAAAAAAGAAUAGCCAAUUGAGUGCCUAAUGAGACCUCUGCGUGAAGCAAGUUAAGUAUAGCUUCUUCUUUAAUCUGCCUUUUCACUGAAGGUUGGCAGUAUUUACUAGUAGAAAUGGCAGUUGCUUAAUGAAAUAGAAUCCAAACUACAUCUUUGGAUAAUAGGAUUACUUUACAUUUAUGUUCAAAGUUAACAGAACACCUUUAAUGCUAAGAACUAUAAGGUAUAUAAAAUUAAUACUUUAUAUAGUGUUUUAUUAAAACUUUUUCCUAAAGCAUUUUGUAUAAAACAGUGAGACAGAAUGAAAUAUUACCUAAUUAGGCUUGUCAGAUUAGUAAUAAACUGAAGAACAGUAAUAAAACUGUGCAAGUAGUUGGAUCUUCAUUUAUGAAAGACCCAUUUCCAGGACUGAUGCUAGGCUUACAUACAGUUUCCUAGGUCAGAACUCUAAAUUGGUCCUUCUAUUUUUCAAUAUACUUAAAGUAGUAUCUCUAAUAUAAUAUUGUAUCCUUUGUGGGAAUGACUAUAGGUAAAAUGUAGUAAGUUACACAGAAACGGGGGCGGCUUUAUUUAUGUAAAAGCUAGUGACCUAAAUAGAAAACGAACUCUUCCUUAAGAGUUGUUUGUACAGUGGGGAAUGCUUAUUACUUCAAACUAUCUCCCAAAAUAAGUGCAUUUAUUUUGACAGUAAAACUUAAGGCUCUUCAUGACAAGGCCUUGAAAAGUCCACUUAAGAGGAAAAAUGUCUAAAGGAAAAAUAUUCCAAAAGUUUACAUUAAUUAUUCAGUGUUGUGAGUAAAUAAAAAUUUGUGGUCUUUAUGGUUUUUCAUUUUUAAAGGAUACUCUCUUAUUAUGGAAGCAUGAUUUAUUUAAAUAGGUACAUUGAGACUUUGGCUUUUUUAAAAAAUGUUCUGAUACUUUAGGAAGAAGUUAAAUCUUAUCAGUUUAAUUGUUAUAAGGUCAGUGAUGUCUCAUAACAAGGUAUGACUUUUAGGUACUCUUUUGGUUCAGUCUUUUAAAAUCCAUUUUUAUUUGUUUAAAAACAUUAAAACUUUUAGAAAACAAAGCAUUACGAAAAAGCCUGUCCGUGAUAUGGGCAAUAUGUAAAUAAGUAAAUAUAAUAUUUCAUCCUUUAUUUUUCAGGUAAAUGGUCAUGCUGUUACAAGUAUAGUUUGUGUGCAUAAAUAAUACUUCUGAAUUAAAUUAUUUAAUAUUUGACUGAUUUCAAUAACUGAAAAAUAAAAAACGUGUUGCAUUGCUUGUGAGAACUUGAGCUGUUUUCUCUACUAGUUAAUUGAAGAAAAAAUGUGUAACACUAAGAUGAACUUGCUUCCCUUGUUAUUUCAUCAAUUUUGCUAAACUUUGUAAUGUACAUUCUUAGCAUAUAACUGAACACAACUUAAAAAUUGUGCUUACACCUGAUUAUAAUGUAUAUAUAUAAUGGUAGAUGUGAUUCUUUUUUAAAGAAAUACUUUUCUCAAGCUCCCAUUACUAUUUGUGGUUGUAUUCUUUCACUAAUCAUUGGUUAAGAUUGUGCUAGUCUCCCCUGGGAAACUAAGACAGCUAUUUUAAACAUAGUGUAUUUGAAUUUUUCUAGUAUCUCUGAAUUUCUGUGUUAAGUCUAAAUAUUACUGUAUGAUUAUAUAAAGCAGGUAUAUCAAGUGUAUAGCCCUGGUAUAUAAUUCAGGAAUGCUUUAUAACCAUCAGAAGCCAUUAUCUGCACUACAUAUAUGAUCAGUAGAGACAGCAAUAAAGAUCAUUUUAAAGAAGUCCCAUCAUUAUUCUUAAAAAUCUUCUUAAGAUCAUUUUAAAGAAGUCCCAUCAUUAUUCUUAAAAGUCUUUCUUGAACCAUCUAUCUAGUAUUAUUGCCAGUAGUAACCAAUUUAAAAAGUCAUUAUUUGUGCUGUAGUUAAGAGAGAAAAUAAAACAAAAUAGGUAGAGAUUGACAUGCCCGUCAAAUUUGAGAUGUAGUUCAUUUGAUAAAGCAAAAUUUUAGAAAUAACAUUUUGAAUUAGCAACAUAGGCCACAUUUACUGAUGAGAACAGGUACUAUACUUGGUCUUAACUUUACCUGAUAUUAGCCAAAAGGCUGAGCAGUGAUGUGUAGGCCACAUUUAAAUAAUAUAACCAUAGUGUUUUGAAGUGGAUUAGAGCUACAGUUUUGCAUUGAACAAAGUGAAACUGUUAUUGCCAUUUAAAUUUUAAAUGUAAACUUCUUUCAUAAGAAAAGAUAGCAUUUUAAAUGACCAUUGUAGAAAAUGGCUUGUAAAACUUAGCUGUAGCUCAUGAACUAAUAUUGCUAAGAGAAGGACUUUUUAUGUAACAUUGGGAUACUUCUAAAUUGGCAAAGUGGUAACAGGGAAGAAGACAGCUGUAUUCUUCCCUAAAAGAAUAAAGAAUGAAAAGGAUUAGUGAAUAAGAUGAAAUUGUAUCCUGAUUUUUAUUAUUUAUUUUUUUUGAGACAGAGUCUCGCUCUGGAGUGCAGCGGUAGAGUCUCACUCAAGCUGGAGCGCAGUGGUGUGAUCUCAGCUCACUGCAACCUCUGCUUCUCAGGUUCAAGCAAUUCUCUGCCUAAGCCUCCUGAGUAGCUUGGGUUUACAGGUACCCGCCACAAUACCCAGCUAAGUUCUGUAGUUUUAGUAGGAUGGGGGGGUCUCACCAUCUUGGCCAGCAUGGUCUGGAACUCCUGACCUCAUGAUCCCCCUGCCUUGGCCUCACAAAGUGUUGGGAUUACAGGCAUGAGCAACCACGGCUGACCAAAACAUGCUUUUAAAAAGACAUGGACAAUGUAUGUUUUUAGGUCUGCCAAUCAGGUUAAGUUUUUGACAUUAAUGGAAAAAUUCAUUAGUCAAAUAUGGUUUCACUCAAAGCAAAAUAAUUGUAUUUGUUGGGGAAUGAGGCAUCAUCACAACUUGGUGGCAAUAUUACCAAAAAUUUAGAUUGUUUUUAGGAAUGAAUAAAGGCAGGUAGGUAAGUCUAAACAACUAAAAUUAGAAACAAUAAAUUGAAAAGUCAUUUUCCUGUCCAACUUUAAGUUCUACUUUUAAAAAAGAGCAUACAUUACAGCAGCACAAUCUAGCAUAAUCUCCUAUCUCACAAGUUUGUAGCAAAGAAUCCUGCUGAUCAAUAGAAGGAAAAGUGUAAGCAGAUUUUAAACUUAAGAAUAUAAAUUCCCUAAACAGGUUUUUCAGCAUAUUCUUCCUAUAAGUUUCUGAAAGAAUCUUUCUGGAAAUGAAGCAGUGGGUCUUUUUUGUUUUUUUGAGACGGAGUCUUGCUGUUGCCAGGCUGGAGUGCACUGGCAUGAUCUUGGCUCACUGCAACCUCUGCCUUUCAGGUUCAAGCGAUUCUCCUGCCUCAGCCUCCCAAAUGCUGGGGCUACAGGCAUUUGCCACCAUGCCCAACUAAUUUUUGUAUUUUUAGUAGAGACAGGGUUUCACCAUGUUGGCCAGGAUGGUCUCAUAUCUCUUGACCUUGUGAUGUGCCUGCCUCAGCCUCCCAAUGUGCUGGGAUUACAGAUGUCAACCACCACGCCCAGCCACAGUGGGUCUUAAUAGUUAUGAAGUAAGUUAUAAGGGUCAGUGAAAAAAUCAGUAUAAGAAUUUGCACUCAUAUUGUUUUACUGCUCCAAUUUCUACUAAUCUCUAUUAUUAGAUACCAAAAUUUUUAUGUAUAUUUCUUAAUGGUGUAUUUACUAAAGACAUACUAUUACUUGAGGACAGAAACAAUUGUUUACCUAUGUUAGAAAAAUAAUCUGAAACAGUAAAUGAGCCUGCAUAUAAAACCAAGGAUUCAGAUAUCCACUUAUUCGGAUACUUUAUUUUAAAGAAUAUUUCAUAAAUAUUAAGGAAUGUAAGACUUUGACCAAAGUGACUUCUUGUUUAUUGAGGCUUACUGAACCCCAAUAUAUCAUGUUUUUUUAUACAUACAUAUCUAUGCUAAAGUUUAAUUUAUAACUUAAGACAUAGUAAGAGAUUAACAACAAUAAAAUAGAACAACUAUAGCAGUAUUCUGUAAUUAAAGUCAUGUGAAUGUGAUCUUGCUGUCUGAAAAUACUGCAUUGUACUCACCUAGUUUUGGAUUGUGGUUGACAGUAGAAAGAAAACCAUGGGAAAGGGGGGUGGGGGAGAUUACUGUAAUUAUUUAAUACUUAAUUUGAGGCUCAUUACAAAUUACCUGUAAUGAGUGUUUCCCUGAAUUUAGUCUAUUUCAAUUUGUUACCUCCCAGGAUUAGAAAUAUUGCAAGAAAAAUCAAAGGUAAUUUUUAAAAAAUAGCUUUUAAUGAAAAAUACAAAAAUAUUGUAUCUUUGAAACAUGAUCUGCAUAUUCAGCAAGUCAUAAAAUAAUUGUUUAAUAUUGCAUUUUUAUCUGCAAGUACAUUAAAGCAAAUCUUAUUUUACUUCACAGUAAUAUUUAUGAUGCUGACAUCCUCAUAGGGCUUAUCUGUUUUGGGAUUGACUUUGACAUUGGAGAUCCUCUGCACAACUUCCAUUCCUUUAGUCACUCGUCCAAAUACUGUGUGCUUAUUAUCAAGCCAAGGCUGUGUUGGACGACAAAUGGAAAAUGUUGGUAAAUCCCAAUAAAUUAUACCCUCCGGUUGAGCAAAUUAAAGAGAAUUUAAGUUUACCCUUCCCUUUGAUAUUUAUUUAAAAAGAAGUAAAAUAAUUUCUUAACAAUAAAAAUGUUGCAGCUUUUAAAAGUCAUUUCCAGUUUGUUAAAAAAUAGUAUAAUGUUUAAUUAAAUAUCUACAUCUUUCAGACCAAAGGGAACUGGAAGAUCUUUCCUAAAGAUCUUCACAUGGCUUAAACAAUUGUGGCUAAGUCUUUAAAAGGUCUCUGCAGGACUCUUCCUGAAAAAUUUAUUCAGAGGCAGUUUGAAAUAGUUUAAGCAGCACAUGCUUUGGUAUGAGACAGAUGGGCGUUCAAAUGCUAGCUUGGCUACUUACUUGACCUUUUGGUAAGUUAAUCAUGUCUCGAUGUUUCCUCAUCUAUUACUGAAAACUGGGGAUACUGAUACUGGAAGUACUGUCAAUGAGACUAUGUUCCUGGCAUAUGGUAGUUAUAUAUAUUUUUCCUUUAUUCAUCGCUUAGUGCUUAAUUCCAAAACAAAAAGUAGGUAACUUUUAUAAUUUUGUAUUAUUGUAUGGCAAUAGAGCUAGAGGACCUUACACUAUAUUUCAUCAAAUCCAAAAUGCCAUUGAUUAUGAGUUGUAUUCUGAUUUCAGACCUAAUAAAAUGUGGGGGAAACUGUAUUAAAUUGUGAAUUCAUAUACUCUAAUCCCUAUAUUCUAAAGAUGAGGAAAUGGGCCCAGAGAGGUGUAAUAAUCAGUAGAGGCAGAGUUGAGAUUGAAACUCAAGUAUUUUGAAUCACACUCCAUUGUACUUCUUGCUAUAAUGGAAGUAUUAUUUUACCAAUUCUAAACUGAUUUGUCACAUAGUUUUAUAUUUUAUUCUCUAGAUCAUUUUCGUUUUUGUAUUCUGGCCGAUGAUAUAAAUAAUGCAGAAAAUACAGAAUAAUGCAGCUCUUUCUUA